UGUUGUAUUUUCCUGCGACAGUAAAAGUCCAUUUGCAAGCUUUUCUUGGUGGGCACUGGGCAGUAGACAGCCGUUAGCUAACCCCUAAAGCUUCUAUGUCUAUUUAUCUAUAGAGAGGAAUUUAUAUCAAAUUUCCAAUUAAAAGAAAUAAAUAAUUACGCGGUUUUGAUUAUGAGGCGUAACCCCAAUUGCCCCUAGCCCAAGCCACUAAACUAUAAAGAAUCGACAGAUGACAGAAGACCUUGUAAAGCAAGUUUCCUCUCAAACCUCUCAAUAUAUUCUGUAAACAACUCUAUAGUACUCCUUACAGCCGCCGCCUUCUCUCCAACAGCACCUCACAGCAUCAAUGGGGAAAAGCAAUGACGAAAAUGCAGUGAAGAGAAGAUGGAACAGAAAACGUCCAAGUUGCGAUAAAAUAAAGAUUCUCCCUCAAAGGUCUCUACUUUAUGGACGCAUUAAUGUUUCUAUUUUGGCAGCCAAGAAACGCUUGAAAAAGGCCAAACGAAGCAACACUCAGGGUAUCUACUUCAGGCAAGAAACUGCAGUCAGUCCAGGAAAAACUAUGAUUCCAGUGAUCAAUGGAAACGAGUUGAGCCAUGAGUGGACAGAACAUGUCUAUCCGUCUAAGUUUUUGAUGAUAUGCUUGAAUACAAUUCAAAACUCACUUGAGAAUGUUGGAGCCCUUAAAACUGAAGACGGACCUCUCUUUGCCAAUGCAUGGGGGGUUGAGUUCUGGAAUUGUUAUUCCAAAGGAAAAGAUGUGUUGGAGAUGAGUGGUGUUGAUUCCACGAGGGAGCAAAUUGCUUGGAUGGCAUCGGCUGCUGCUGCCACUAUUACGAGAAAAGAGAAUGAAGGCUUAUCAUUUAAAAGCCCUUUCCACUUAUUCCUUGUGCCAUCUCUAGAUAAAGCUUUUGAGGUACGCCUAGUGUGGAAACCUUUGGAGACCAUUGGAAUAUACACAUUGAGUCUGCAUUCAGGCACUACUAUAGAAAAACAAAUACACCGUUUAAGGAGUUGUGAACCGGAGUUUCUUGUCUCCACCCCUGAGAGACUUUUGGAUCUUCUAUCCUUAAAAGCUGUCGACAUAUCUGAGGUUUCCUUUCUGGUAAUUGAUGGACUGGAAGCUCCUUUCAAAGGCAGUUACUGUGAGGCAAUUAAAUCCAUAAGGCAAUUAAUACCUGGGAAUCCUCAAACUGUGGUUUUCAGGGACGGCAUGAGCAAUUUAUCCAUUACUAUGCUACAAAAGCUCUUAGGAGAACCAGAAUGAAGAUUAUCUAUUUCAACUUUUAUCCAUAUCUUGACAGUUUGAAGUGGAUGAAAAUAACAUCUAGUAAAAGCUGCUAUAUAGUAGGGAAUUUUUCCUCCAAUCUACGUUCCCAUGAUCAAGAAAUUUUGUGAUAGAUCCAUUAAUGUCACUUGUACAUAAUAAUUUACAUACAAAUGAAAUAUCAGA